GGCUUCUAUUUCAUUGCAAUACAGUUUUGCAUUAAUUGUACUUUCAGCGGGUAGAAAAUAAUAAUGAAUAAUGAAAAUGAUUACCAAAAUAAACUCAAAUGUAAGAUAAAUUACAUCAUCUACAAACCUAUGUAACGCCAUAUAAUUCUCAUUAUUAGAGAGUUUUAUAGAAGCUUAACUAAAGAAAAAAAAUAAGAAUCUGUUACAAUUCUUCAAAUAACAGCCAACAAAAAUUUGAGUAUAAGGAGCAUUUUCCUUUUCAUCUGUAUGACGACGACUGAUUCGGGCCAGCAGACAGGUUGGCAGCCCCACGAUUACGAUGAAAGAACGGUCGCCAAAACUUUCGCCCACGUGUUCAAGUCACCACGCGUUUAUUAAAUACCUACGCUAGUUGUCGCGCUGCCAUCUCGAGAAGGAAGUCUUCCCAGUCUUUCGUCGACGCUUGUCGAACUGCGACGACAAUCAACCUUUGACGACGCGAUGAUGGAACGACCGUUUGGAAUUUCGCACGUGGAUGUUGACGCUGAUAAGGGACGUUUCCGGGAUAAUCACCGUCGAAGAAAAGUCACGCGGAAAUGGACAUAAUACGGUACCUUUGUUCGCCUCCAUGCAUCCGUAUGGCAACCGCCGGUCUUGAGGUGCGCGAGGCUGGACGAGCAUUGCGUGUACAAACGGAAGCGCCGCAUCUCGUUUCCAUGGGAAGCGGACGUUUGUCGACGGCGGUGACCCUGCAUCCUUUGCCAGAAGGUAAGCUAACCCUGGGAUCAAGUCGAGACGCGGACAUUUCUGUGGUUGGUACUGGGGUCGAGUCCAUUCAUUGCGCGAUUGAAAACAAUAACGGCGUGGUCACUCUUCACCCCAUAAAUGGAAGCACGGCAGUCGAUGGUGUACCGAUAAAUUCACCAGUGAGACUCGCUCAAGGUUGCAUGCUGUCGAUUGGCAGAUCGAACUACAUGCGUUUCAAUCAUCCAGCCGAAGCGAAGCACUUGCGAUCUGUCCUGCCUCAUUCUAGAAUCUCAAUGGCGCCGAUAAGUUUCUCGCUGCCGGAGAACCAGGUGCAAGAAAACUACCACUUGGAAAGGAAGCCACCGGUUGCGCCACGAAAAUCGCCGAGGAACUCGUACUCGGACGACGAAAUCGGCUUCCUGGGGAAGCUGACGAAGUUCGAAAUGCUGGCGAAACAAAACCGAAACAACUGCGUCUCCCCCAAAGUAUUUCCAGCCGGCGCCGUCACCACGAACGUUCCCGCCGAUCAGAUCCUGGGACACUCGAGGUCCUCCAGUUUGGUCUCUCUGAAGAACAACAACAACAACAACUCGCCGUUGCAAAAUCUGACCAACUUGGAUCGAAGUCGUUCGAACACACCUUCGUUCAGUUCUCCCGCCUCCGGUCAUUUCUUGAACGUGUCAGCGCCUGGCAACUGUUUCGCCUCCUCUUCACCGAAUCACUGCACCGAUGAAAACCGACUGCGACCCGACGCGCGAACCCCCAGUCGAUCCAACACUCCGAAUCUCCAGUAUCAGAACACCCCUCCAGCUAACCACAAUCAGAUUCAGAUGUACUCCACCGCGGAAUCCUACUUGAAAACCUACAAGCCGUACUUCCGCGACAGCAACAACAAGAAGAACACCAACCAGGGGGACCUGAUGUCUCGUAGCAUGACUUGCCAGAGAUCGAGCGAUCUGGACCAGCUGAACGCGCAGGAUUACGACAUGAGCCAAAGCUUGAUCGUCGCCAAGACCACCACCACCGAGUACCUCCAACUGGACAAGUUCGGCUCGAAUCCCAGCAUCUGCAACAGCCCCACCAACGGGAACUACUGCACCGGAAGUCUGAGGAGCACCUCCGGCGCGCAAAAGUUUGGCUCGAAUCCGAACAUCAAGAGAAUCCAGCCGCCGAGUCCUGCGUUCAAUCGCAAUCCGAAGUACAACGAGCCAAAGAGGAGUUUAGGUCGUGUGAAGAGUCCAACGCCCAGUGUUGGGAGCUGUUGCUCGUUGGAGGAACUCCGCGAGAGGCAAAUCGACGCGGAGAACAAACGCAGGGAGGCUGAGCACAAGAGGAAACAGGCGCAGGAGGAUAGAUUAAGGGAACAGGAGGUCGAGAGGCAAGAGAAGUUGCGACUGGAAGAGAUUCUUGCCAUGUGCGCCGAGUACGAGAGACAGAGCACCAUGGAGAAGCCCAGGCAGCCUAACAGAAUCAAAACGAACGGCUCACUUCCACGCGACAAAAGACUAGGCUACAAUUCGCCUUUCGACAGUCCGAAGAGCCCAUCUAAAAACCAGCCACAUUUCUCUUUCGACGAGACAAAACAAUCCAAUUCGGCGUCGUACGAGAACGUGUGCGUGCAAAAUUCAAAGAUCAUCUUCCAGAACGGCAGCUCGCCUAUCAGUCGUCGAAAUCAGACCAGCCAGGGAGAGUACCAAACGAUAAACGGCCAGGAUCAUCCUCAGUCAAUCACGCCGAACAACAAUCAAUCGACCAAGUGGCCAAACGUUCUUGGCAACGGGGACCAGAGCUUUUCUGGUUCGAUCUCGCAAGCUCGUUGCUCGAGCUACGAGAACGCGAUGAUCGACAACUCCGUCUUGAACAACAACAACGGUAGCUACGCACAAACUAACGACCCAACGAAGGAGACGUCCGCGUACGGGACGAUCCAGUUGAAUGGUACGCGAAUCAAGUCACAAGCGAACAACGCACGAAAUUACGAUAACUCGACGCCGACGCUCGGGAAUCUCAGCCUUUACGAGAACGUCGUGAUCACUUCGACGCAGAACAAUAAUCAAAAUCAUUCCAUGCCAAAGAAGAAUGGCCAGCUGUCGAACUCGUGCGAGAUGAUAGAGAACAAGCUGGCGAUAUCAAACGACGACCUUCUGGAGGCUAUCGAGCAGCUGUCUAUGCUUUCUAAGUCCAAAGAGAUUUGCAUGAUUCCCAAGAAGAACAAUUCCGAGAAGGAUAACGCGAAAUCGAACGAAGCCAAGGCUGACAAGGAGAGGAAGGAACUCGAGGAAGAGGACAGACGGAAGUACAUAGAGUUCCUUCAGAACGAGAAGCUGCACAUUCUUGGAAAUAUGGACGCGCUGAAGAGGAGCGUCGCGGAUAUCGAAAUUCAAGAGGAAGAAAUUAGCAGAGAGGUUAGUGAUUUGAAUACAAUAAUGUCCUUCAGUGAAAUGUACAACGAACUAUUGAUAGACGCGGUUUUCAAAAGAACUCCGAUAUGGGAUAAAAAGAGUAAAUAUCACUGGAAUAGAUCUGUGGUAGACAUGCACUGGAAGGAAAUUUCUGCAGAAAUGGUAGAAGACGAAACAAGACUGAGAAAGAAAUGGAAAUAUUUGCGCGACCAGUUUUCCGUCGAGUUGGGAAAACUGCCUCCCUAUCGUUCAGCAGAUGCCACAGAAAUCACACCUACGUCAAAAUGGCCAUAUUAUGACCAACUGCUGUUUUUAAAAGACACGGUCAAACCACGUUUGACCAUUGGCAAUCCUUCGAAAACAAUUGUUACAGCGUGUGCAAACGAUGGAAUACGGAGCACAGACUCGCAUGUUGACGAAGAUGAAGUUCGAGUUUACUCGGACUUGGACCAAAACGAUAAUCGUCACGAUGAACACGAGGAAGAGCUAGAAUGUACAAAAACUCAACAAAAGUCGAGAAAAACGCGUUUGGAAAAGAAAAUACGAAAAUCAGAAAGUUUAAGAUACUUGAGCGAGCUAACGACUAAGAUAGAGACCAGGAAAGCUCGAUUGAAUCAUUUGGAAUCGCAAAGAUCUGAAGCAAAGUGCACAGCGACUAAGGAUGCACGAAGUCUCGAAAGACAGAAACUGGCGCAUUUGAAACGGUUGGAAGAAGGUCGAAACCGAGUAAGAGCGAUAAACGACGAACUGACGAAAUUGGCACAAAAUUCUCGGGAGAACACUGAAGAGAAACGGUCUCCUAGCAGGGAAGACUUUGACAGAAUCUCGAGGGUCACCACGGACGCCCCAAUUGUAAACAAUCAAGGCAGCUUGGGAAGAAAGACUAUCGAGUCCCUCAAGGAAAUUGAGAGAAAUCGACAGCUUCAUUUAGCGAAACAAGGUAGUCAAGUAAUAUCGGAAGAAAGACGAAGAGUCGAGGAACUGAAACGUAGAGUCCAAGACGAGGUUCGGUCACAGUGGGAAGAAAGGAAGAUGAACUGCACUUCGUUCAAUAGCGUUGAAUCGGGCGAAGAAUCUUCCAGUUAUUCGACGGGACCAACCGAAAGUGGCAGCGGAAGCAGCGACGGCGCAGAGGGUGGAAACAACGAAAAAUUAUCUCCUAGCAAACUUUCGGAACUUACGUCACCCAGUCCAGGACCUUCAAACAAUUCCUACAGCUUGCUUCAAAAUGAUAACAUGAGAGACGAUCGGAGAACAUCGAUGGAAGGCGAGAGACUUAGCAAUAACAGUGGAGGAAUAAUCGACGGAAACGGAAGUCGUCCUCUUUCACAAACUUCCAGUGAAAUGGACACCCUUGGACCGCUGCAAUCAGUCAAACAUCGUGAAAAGGCUAAACUGCAGAGGCCGCUCACGAGAUACCUCCCCAUCAAGUCGGAGUCCCUGGACCUGAGGCAUCACAUUGAGACUGCCGGGCACCAGUUACCCCUGAUACACGAUGUCACGGUCGACACGACCAGUUGCAGCGGUUAUCUGUCCAAGAUGAGCAAAAAGUUCCACCAUUGGAACAAACGGUGGUUCGUCUUCGACAGGAAGAGGAAGACCUUGUCGUACUACAGCGACAGCUCCUCCAGGAAGGCGCGCGGAGUGAUCUACUUCCAGUCAAUCGAAGAGGUAUACGUGGACCACAUGAACACCGUACGAUCGCCACAACCCUCGUUGACUUUUAUCAUUAAAACAUCGUCCAGGCUAUAUCACUUAAUGGCCCCGAGUGCAGAGGCUAUGCGUGUUUGGGUAGACGUCGUGUUCACCGGUGCCGAGGGAUAUCACGAAUUCGAUCACGGAAUCUGAUAAAUUAACCCUUCUACGUUUCUGGUCAAGAUUCAUUUCACAAGGAACACGGUGUAACGUGAAUUCGCGCCUGUACCCCAAGCAGGCCUAGAAAAUAGGAUCCGUGAUUCACUUGAAGACAUGGUCUCCAGUCUAGAUACAGUUGCCAUGUUUUCAAAUGAAAUUUAAAUCAUACUACGUCAAAGCAACAACGGGUCUCUGGAAAUUUUUCAAGAAAAUUGAUAAUUGCAAUGGCUCUCGAUUACUUAUUCAGACACAGCUGUGCCUGGAUUAAAAUUCAAGCAAUAGCAUUUACGUAUGAAACAUGAAUAUUGGGUGCGGUGAUCUAUGCCAUUGAGAACGAUGAAAAGUGUUUUAGCUUAAAAAAAAAAAAAUCAAUACAAGGGCCCAGGAAUGAAUGAUAGUAAAAGAUGAUGAACUUCCGGAUGACUUACAUGGUUUGAGAAAGUAAUUGAGAGUUAUAAAGUGUAUGUUUGAUUAUCUGUGCCAAUAAGUUUAAGAACGAGGGCAUUAGUGGUACGGCAUGCAAAUGUAUUAUUCAUUCGAGUGCAAAGUAAUCACGACUUCAUUCUAUUUAAAGAAGGAAAAUGAAUUUUAUAGAAUUUACUGUUAAAGUUUUGUAGACAUUUUUAAUCUAGUCUUCCAGCAUAGAUACUUUCAAGAACACUUCGAAAAGAGAUCUUUGACAAUAGUCCAGCAUGUGUUCUAGAACGAAGCAGAGGUCAAGUCCCUGAAAAACUGUAAAUAUGUCCCAUUUUACACAUUUAGUUCGACACUUUUAACGAAUGUUUUGAUACUUCAUAAUGCCAAGGAUUGUAUGGAACAAAAUCUUCCAUGUCUUUGCACACUCAGUGAAAUUUUUUGAACAUGCAUAUAUGGUUUUCAUAACUCUGUUAGAUACAUAUUGUUGCAUACAGUUACACGUGCAUUCUUCAACCAUAGUGACAAUUGUAUAAGUUGUCAUAUCAUUACAGAGAUAACAUUGAAUUUUACAACUGUAUAUGCCCACUAUUGAGUUACAAAAUACGAGUAUUCCCAUUGUACAGGAUGAUUACAUUUAAUUUACAAAAUCGUUUUUAAAUAAUGAAUAAGUCCGUGAAAAGCAUAUUGGGAAUGUGAGUAAUCUUUAAUACAUAUUUACAAUUUAUAGAAAUCGCAAUUAUGUUACGUCAUGAAGUAAUACUAUACAGAAAUCAACUGUAAUUCCCUAAAAUUGUUUAACAGCUACCUAAAUUUUAAGACGAGGAAUAUCUUUAAUCAUCAUUAAAAUAACUGAAUAUUCCUAGUAAUUUACAACACAACUAGGAAAACAUAAAAACGACUUGACCGAUUCGCAUAUUUUACGAACGUUUAUAAUUCUCCUACUUCUUUCUUUAUUGGCUAUUUGAAUUUUGUUAUAUAAUCGCUUCGGUUUGCAACUACGAAUAACGAUGUCAAUUUUUAACAUGAAACAUACAUCGUAAGAUUGGUCAAUUUUGAUAGAAAUAUCAUAUGUUACUAAAUUAAAAUAAAUUAUAUACUGUAUCACACCUCGUGCGUACAUAUUUUUGGAUAUAUUUACAAAAGAUAUUAAAAUGCUCCUUAUUAAUAAA